GGUUGUGACAAAAAGAGCACACAAUUUGCCUGUAUCUAGAUGAGUUAAUCAACAACUGAAAUGGGAUGCUUAUUUCAGAAAUAAGGUGUCACCUCAUUGUGCCCAGUUUCCUUAUGAAGAAAAUGCAUUUUGAAAACAUGCCUAUAAGCACCUGCUGUUACCAAGACUCUGAAUAUGCUCACAGGGUGAGCCACAAAACUUCUGUUGGAAAGAAUUCUAAAUGAGGCCUGCUCUCCAAAGGGAUAAGGUCGUGAAAGGCAGCUGAAUUGUGUUAGGUGUAUUCGUACUGGGCCAUGUCAUCUAUAUUGCCCUUCACCCCGCCGGUUGUGAAGAGACUGUUAGGGUGGAAGAAAUCGGCUGGUGGCUCAGGAGGUGCUGGUGGAGGUGAGCAGAAUGGACAGGAAGAAAAGUGGUGCGAAAAAGCAGUGAAAAGUUUGGUCAAGAAGCUCAAGAAGACGGGACAACUGGAUGAGCUUGAAAAAGCAAUCACUACCCAGAACUGCAAUACAAAAUGUGUUACAAUACCAAGCACUUGCUCUGAAAUUUGGGGACUGAGUACACCAAAUACGAUAGAUCAGUGGGAUACCACAGGCCUAUACAGCUUCUCUGAACAAACCAGGUCUCUUGAUGGCCGCCUCCAAGUGUCCCAUCGUAAAGGAUUGCCGCAUGUCAUUUACUGUCGCUUGUGGCGCUGGCCUGACCUUCACAGCCACCAUGAACUUAAGGCCAUUGAAAACUGUGAAUAUGCUUUUAAUCUUAAAAAGGAUGAAGUGUGUGUAAAUCCUUACCAUUACCAGAGAGUGGAGACUCCAGUUCUGCCUCCUGUUUUGGUACCACGGCACACUGAGAUUCUGACUGAACUUCCUCCUCUUGAUGACUACACUCAUUCCAUUCCUGAAAACACUAAUUUUCCAGCAGGAAUUGAACCACAAAGCAAUUACAUACCAGAAACACCACCCCCUGGCUAUAUCAGUGAAGAUGGGGAAACAAGUGACCAGCAGUUGAACCAAAGCAUGGAUACAGGAUCGCCGGCAGAGCUGUCUCCUAGUACACUCUCUCCUGUCAAUCACAGCCUAGACUUGCAGCCAGUUACCUACUCGGAGCCGGCCUUUUGGUGUUCAAUAGCAUAUUAUGAACUAAACCAGAGAGUGGGUGAAACUUUCCACGCAUCGCAACCUUCGCUUACCGUAGAUGGCUUCACGGACCCAUCCAACUCCGAACGAUUCUGCCUAGGUUUGCUCUCCAACGUCAACAGAAACGCCACGGUGGAAAUGACAAGACGGCACAUAGGAAGGGGAGUUCGUCUGUAUUAUAUCGGUGGGGAAGUUUUUGCUGAGUGCUUAAGUGAUAGCGCAAUCUUCGUGCAGAGUCCCAACUGUAACCAGAGAUAUGGCUGGCAUCCGGCCACUGUGUGCAAAAUCCCACCAGGUUGCAACCUGAAGAUCUUCAACAACCAGGAAUUUGCUGCUCUUCUGGCUCAGUCUGUGAAUCAGGGCUUCGAAGCCGUGUAUCAGCUCACCCGCAUGUGCACCAUCAGGAUGAGUUUUGUUAAAGGAUGGGGAGCUGAAUACAGGCGUCAAACGGUAACAAGCACUCCGUGUUGGAUCGAGCUGCACCUGAACGGGCCUCUACAGUGGCUGGAUAAAGUAUUGACUCAGAUGGGGUCUCCCUCAGUGCGUUGCUCUAGCAUGUCGUAAUCUCGGAGGGCUGAGAAGUCCUGGCAACGGCUCGUUCUGUCACAGUCAACGCGUGCGUGGUCUCCAUGAACUGUUUUCCUAUCCAAAAAAAAAAAGUUCUGAGAGAAAGAAAGAGAGAGAGAGAGAGAGAGAAAGCACUUGAGAAUCUCAUCAGUUUUCAAGCACCUUGUGGAUUUUGUUUCUUAUACUCUGAUACUAGGUGAAACGUUAGUGUAUAGAAACACCUUCUCCUGAAGGAGGGAGGGACAUUUAAAGACUUUUAACGGUGUUUUUUUUUAAAAAAUUUUAUUGGGUAUAUAUAAAUUGAGUGUCCUACAGGUUUACUAAUAACAUGGGCAAGUACAGUUUUAGCAAUAAGUCGGGAAGCGUCUCCAAAGCGUGGCACCAUGUUUGCAGUCCUAGUUAACAGUUGUCCGCUGGUAGAUGUACGGAGCUCCGGCUUAAGCAGACAUCUCAUAAAAAGCCUAUUAAAUACUUGGUUCUCCAUAUCUUUUUAUAUUUUUCUAUCCAUAUCGGCAUGCCUGCAGGCUUUUUUACACUGCCCUCGAAGACGUUCUUGUUACAGAAAGCUUCCAGCUCCAUUCUCUUCAACUGCUGACGAGAGAGAGAGAGAGAGAGAUAUUAAACGUUGGGUUUUAUCACCUGAAAACUUGAUGGACCCAAAAACGAUGCAAAUAAAUUUCUUAACCUUCCUCACUCCUCAAAACGAUCAAAUCCCAAUUUGAAUUGGGACACGCCCUGUCCAUUCAGCAAAUGCAUUUCUUGCUGGCAGUCACUGCUGCCGUCCUUCAGAUUCGCUUUGUAUCAUUUAUGCACUAAUGGAGUAGUGUAAUUGUAGGUCAAUUUGGUUUUUAUAACUAAUGAAACAAUCAAAUUUUCUCCUAACCGGUGAAUCAGUCAACUUUUCUCCCUCGCCCCUUGCUGCCUCCAAGACCUGAAUGUUUCUAUAAUCCAUGAUUGGUAGGUUUUGCUUCCGGUUUCAAAAUCUACUUAAGAAAGACAGCAGGAUAUUCUUCGUCGCGGAGAACGAGAUUGUCAGGUACGGCUUAAUUGAUCCUUCCUUCCCUAUCAGGAAGAGGGCUUGUGUUCUCUUCCUUAAACUUUCUCCAUCAGCCCUCUGUCUAAUACACCAUCGGAUGUUAACAGUGGUCCUGCAAAGCCUGCCUACUUCCCUGGAAAUAGUAUUUUUAUGACGUGUUUGCUUGCUGGGCUUCUAAAUCAAAUCGACGAAGGGGAAGGCCAAACAGGUGACUGCUUCCUUCCGUUAUUCCCCCCCCCCCCCCCCUCCAAAAUCUUCCUUCUGCUACAUCUGGAGUCCGAGGGGAAGGAAGGGGCGUGAGGAGGGAGAAGUGAGGCCACCGCGUCUCCCGUUUUAUUGGAGAGGAGAUUAUCUGCUUCACUAUUUCCUUCUUGCAGAUGGCGGAACAGGGUUUUUUCCUGGGUGGGUUGUACAAAGGGGCAUUUCACCAAAGGUUGUUAUUUUGUGUGUGUGUGAACGAUAAGAAUUGAGCCACCAGCGUCCAUGAUAGGAUCUUCUUGGCAGAAGCGGCAGCAGCUUCUGUGGGUUGCUUAUUGCUUGACCAAAGGAACAACCUUCCGAGUACAUGUUAGGGUGAACCUUAGGACACUCCUACAUCUGGACCUUGCUUUAAAAAAUAAAAUAAAAUAAACAUAUUUUGAAUUAUAUUCUACAGAUACGUCUGGGUUGGGUAAGGGUUGGGAAAAACUGUACAGAAGGGUUCUGACUUGAAAAGUAUACAUCUUACUAACCAUCUUGUGAUCUAGCUGUCUGUCCUCUUCGUCGUGGCAGUAGCGGGAUUGCUUUUCGUCUUGUUUCUUUCCUUUCCACACCCCCUGCCCCCCCCCCAAGUUACUUUGCACUAGCCUUGUACUUCGUAAGUACACCUAGUGGCAAUUCUAACUUCGACAACUAAUGUUUGGCCAGUGUUAAGCUUUGUAAUCGGCUGCCUGAACCCGAAAGGCAACGAGGGGAUAUUAUUAUUAUUAUUUUUUAUGCCGUAACAAAAUAGGGCAUAAGAGCAAUACCAAAAAAAAAAAUUUUUUUUUUAAAAAAGAAAUAACUCCGGUGGGAGGGAGGGUGGGUGGAAAUCAAGUGUGGGCCGGGCAAUUCAGAAGAAGAAUUGGGCAAAGAGUUACCAAUUUGUGUAGUUUUACCAGUAGCCUCAUGUAUUGGUAGAACUUGUAAAACCUAAAAGAGGGAUGCUUUCAUCUGUGUUGCAUUUGCCUAAUAUGUGAAUACACUAAUAAAAGUUUUAAUUCUCA